GAUAAUCUAAAAGAUGCGAUCCGAUUUAAUAGAAAGUUGGCGUCAAUUGUUCUAAAUACAGCUUAUGGAGUGGACACAUUUUUUGUUUUGAGGUAUUAUAUCGUAAAUUUUGUUAUGAGUAAUAUGAGCAGAUCAGAUGUAGUACAGGUAAAAUUAUAUGGCGAAAACAGUACCAGCAGGAGCUACACGUUUUCUUUAACACAAACUUGAGGUUUCGUGUGAAGGCAUUAAAAUCUAAACUUUUUUCUUAAAAAGCCUACCCCUUUUAAUACAAGUAGUAAUCGAAAUCAGUUGGCCGUGAUAUUGAAUGCGAUUAAUACAAUUAUAGAACAAGAAAUAAGGAUUGAAACGUAUACUGAUUCUUGAAGAACAACUUAGUACCAUGCAUACUUUAACUGACAUAAUUUUGUCAUAACACUUCUGCUGCGCGUUACAAGAAGUAUAUAAAAUGAAUUUACCUGCUGUAUGAGAUGUUUAAUUCACUUUUUGCUGUAGUGGUCUUCUUGUGAUGUACACAAAUAUGAGCAAGAAAGUGAAUAAUAAUGGACGGACAAAUUGGUUCAAAUAUUAUUUCCAUCGAUUUUGGAGGUACAUGCAGAAAUAGCUUUUUAGUUAAUUCACAUUGCAGAGCUAUACAGGGUUAUCAAAAAUAUGCACAGUUCUAAAAUGUCCACUAAACGUACUCAAACUUCCGCAAAAUUUGUGACAACUAUAUGAUAGUUUGGGGUGUUCUGGUAUCUCUAUCAGCAAAUUAUUCUGAAAAGUAAAUUUGCGAGUAUAGCCGGGCUGUUUUUCAAAAGCGUGCAAAGUUGGAAGGUGUUUUAUGAACUAAUAAAUCAAAGUACCAGACAAUUUGAUGAACACUGACACCCGUGUUCUAAUAGCUCACUCACAUUCAAUGAGUUCAGGUUCAAUCUGAGCUUCUCUGGAGUGUCAAUGCUGUUUUUGAAUAGCUGGAGGGCGAGUUGUCACAUAGUAAGGUACGACACUAACCCUCCAGCUAUUCAAAAACAGCAUUGACACUCAAGAGAAGCUCAGAUUGAAUCUCCACUCAUUGAGUAUGAUCGAGUGUGAGUGAGCUUUUAGAAUACGGGCGUAAGUCCAAUGCACGACCCUUAAACUUGGAAAAUUUUGCCAUAGUAGUUAAUUAACAUAAAGUUGUUCGGGACAAAUAUUGGACAUUUUAAAACUGUGCACUUUAUUUUAUGUACAGCCUGUAUUGCUAGUUUGGCGUUGUGCGACAUGGGGAGGGGGGAGGGGAGGGGGGCGCAAAGUCAACAAUCAAAUAAAAAUUUACUCGCAUGAAUAUUGAGAGUUCUACUGUUUAAUUUCGGAUUGAGAAACGUGGAUCUUAAUCCUAUAGAGAUUAUAUCAAACGGCUUACAGUCACAUAAUAAUUUGUUUUCAAAAUGGCGGCUAGAUGUGAUGAAAAUAUAGAAAUUUUAAUAGUUUUCAUUGGACUUCUGAAUUAGUAGCUUUACCAAAUUGUGUAAAUAAUCAAAUUGGUUUGGUAACAUUCUGAAAUAAUUGAAUCAGCCUGCGUGGUCUUCCUCCCGUAAUUCUUUAACUAGUGUAAACAAUUCACUUAAUUGUGCUCUCGUUUGAAAUAAUGGUUUUUACCCAAAACCGUUUUAAGUAUUUGGUACGUCUUUUUCGUCGACUUCGCUAUAACAACGUACAAAGGCAAUAAUUGCUUUUUGCUAAGCGCCAUUUUGAACUCUUCCUGCCACUACCUAGCCUGCGAACGGGCAUGCCAUGAGCUACGAGAUUGGCGCGUGGUGGAAACGGAAUGACAUUCGCGCGAGUAGCACGCAGCGAGCUGCGAGGAGCUUCGUGCGAGGACUGGAAAUCCGCCUUAAAGAUUACGGUUGUAAUUCGUGUUCAUAAACACGAAAUUAUGAUGGAAUAUCAAAAACAGGCAAUAGCGCUGCUAUGUCAGUAUUUGUAUGGCACGUCUUUCAAAAACAGUACUUAUUACUAUUCAAAUACGGUAUAAAAAGGAAUUCAUAAGUACGAUUUGUCAUUACUAAUUCAUGCCAUAAAAACAAAGGAAAUCACUACCGUGUCUGUGGUUUUAUCAGCGGUGUGGCCAGAGGAGGCUACAGCCCCCUCCCCCCCGUCGGGGAAAAAUUAGAAUUUUGUCGGGAAAGAGACAAUGUUUUGUAAUCAGUGUGUUUUGCUGUGGUGUUAAUUAAACCGACGCUUGGAUAGGAAGGUGAAAACUAAAAUAGAUGAGGGGCAAUGAUUAAUUAAAUAGUAAGAAUUAUAAGUAAAAAUGGGAAAAAUUUACCAAUUCAAAACAUAAAGGAGAAAUGUAACGAAUAAUUCACGUUAACAUAAAAGAAUAUGUAAUGUCCGGAAAAAAAAUUCACAACAAUUUUGUGAAAAGAAAUAUUAAUUAAUGGUUGUCGGCAAAAUCGUUUGUAGGAACUUAGCUUCAGGGACCUUUCCGGCACCAUAGCCCCUUCGUCGGGAAAUUCCUGGUGCCACGACUGGGUUUUAUAUGUGAUAAAGUGAUAUAUUUUCUCUGCUUAAACACCUUGAUUUUUAAAAUUACUUCGCCAAUCACAGUUAAUAUUAACUGUGCGCCAAUUAACUCAUAUGAUAUGGGUUAUAUUUUAAGCCAAUUAAAACCCUUGCAGUCAGUGUUUUAUCAGAUAUGAGACACUCAGCUAUCGCCUUGUGUUUUAUAUCCGAUUAAGCACUCCUGCUCGAGUUUUAAAUAAUACAUAUCUUUCGGAGUCUCGAAUGAAUAUAUUUAUCAGUCUUUAAUUGUACUUUAUAGUUUUUCAACUGUACGGCUUCACAAGCUGGAGCCGUCGAAUAAAUUGCAUAUUCCUUCAUAUAUACAGCCGUACAUGUCUUUAUUAAAACUCAUUAAUUAAAAUUAUUUGGAUUGAGGUGCAUAAAAUUACAGAUUGGUUGAUUGUUUAAAUAAACUACUGUAGUGAUGGGAAAAAACAAAUUUGUUCUUUUUAGAACAAAAUUCAAAAAAGGAAAAUUAAAUAUGAUUUUAAUAUUCCAAUAAAUAAUGAAAUAACAGAAAAUACAUGCAUGCAGAAACCCUCGCCUUGCUCGGACAAAACUAUUAUGUUUCCCAAACAUGAAGUAUUGUCAUGGUAACAUGAUAAUUUUAAGAAUAGUUUUAAAAUUGAAAAAUCGCCCCCAAAAUAUCACUUUUAAUUACAAAAUCAAUUUCCCAAACAUAUAUAUGCUAGGUAUGUUAUUAUACGUAAUAUGAGUUUCAAUUUAAUGUAAAAAUCAACCAUAAACGCUUCGCAAAACGUUUCAAAAUAUUCUUAAAACUAAACUGCCUUUUAUCAUGCAGGCAAACACUGAGUUUCAAAAUUGAAAUAAACUAAUUUCAAAUUCUUGCAUGAAAAUAACUUUGCUUUCCUCUUUAUUCAAAUAUUCAAUAUACAAAAAAGGGUAAUUAGUAAAAACACACUUAAAAUAUAUGCUGUCUUUUUUCACUUAGGGACCAGUCAUAAAGUAUUUACUAGUGGGUGUGGAGGAUAUUUUUUUUUUGGGGGGAGGGGGGUACAAAAAAAAAGAGAACCUCAGAGGAGGAACGAAAAAAACAACAGAAGCUCUAAGGGGUAUCAAAAUCUUAGUACUAUCAUAGGUACGGAAAAAAAUUACAUUUUAUAACUAGUGUUGAAUAUUGAAUGUAUUUGUGCCCAGAUUUAAGUUUGGGAAGAAUUGUUUACUAUAAUUAUUAAAUCAACACAAGGUAUAUGUUUUAUUCUGACUCAAUGUCAGAUGAUAAGUAAGAUUCAGUAUCCGUUGAAUUUUUGGAGUACAAAUCUGAUACACCUGAAUUGUCAAUGCUAGCAAGCUCACGCCGGUAUUAGAACUUGAUCAACCUGAUGAGGAAGUGUCACAUUGAAUGGAAGCAAUUUGAUCUUACCCUCAGCCCAUCGCUAGUACUGUAUGUCAGGACAGAAAAGACUGGUGACGAAUCGGAGACUGCGGAAAAUGUUGAGGAUAUGUUUACUACUACAAGAAGUGGGAGAGUUAUCACAAACUGGAGUCAGAGUUUCGAAACAUAGAUAAACGCAAGAUAAAUGUUAAAACAGAAUUAAUGAUAGAACGGGGAGUAUGAAAAUUUUCACUUACAUCGAAGGGGGUUACGAAUAUUUUUCCACAGGUUUUUUGGGAGGGUAUGGAAAUAUGUACUUGAAAUGUCAUUUAUCCUCCACCCCCUAGGCCUCUAGUAAUUACUUUAUGACCGGUCCCUUAUAUACGCAACCAUCGUAUCAGUUUUUAAAGAAAUUAUAAAGCAAACAAUAUAUUAUAUUAAAAACAAACUUACCUUCAUUAACGUCGGCGACUUUGUUCCGUUCUUUUGAGACGUUCUUAGACGGUUUUUGGCUCUCAAAAGGUUUUGAAAUUUGCAAAAUCUUGCAAAAAUACAAUAUAUUUGCUGAUUUGCAAGAAAUGUUCGUUAUUUCGCUGUCGUCAUUUGUCAUCAAAUCAAUCACAACAACAAAUUUUAAAUUUGACCAAUCAGUGUUCGCUAUUCAUGACAGUCCGCCACAUAUUUUGAGAUCAGUGAGGAUGACCACCACGUACUCAACACCGUUGGUGACCCACGCCCGCGAUCAUUGAUGAACUUUAGACUUCGCUAAUGCUUUCGUUUCUCCGGACCCUCACCCCGGGUUUACAGCUGGAACGGCGCUCCGCGCCGUUGGCUCGGAGAAAAACAAAUAAAAAACACCACAUUUCUUGGAAUUGUUAUUGAUGAAUUUUAAAUUAACAUGAAGUGCAGGAGCAUUCUGGUAUGAAAAAAUCAUCAAAUAUGCAACGACAUUUCGCAGGCCGAAAUUAUUUUUUAUAUUUGCAUUGGUGUUUCCAUAUCUAAUCCACUGCAAUUUAAUCUCAUAUCUAAACGUUAGUGAAUAUUCCGCAUAAUUAAUAUUAUGCAAUUCAUUUUCGUAUUCUGACCAACGAUAGGUUAAGUUUUUUAAACUUUUGAGUUUAAAAAUUGUGUCAUCCCUCGGUUUUUGGAGCGAAAACCGCGGAGCGGGCCGGAUAACAAAAACCGGUCAGUUCUGAACGAUUCCUCAUGCAAUCACAAUACCUUAUUUUCGGCAAUAAAAAGUAAAUAUAUAUAUUUUCAUUAUGUAAUAAUUUUUUUCGAUUAGUAUAGUAUUUUAUUAUUAAUAUAGUAUUUUAUUUGAUCCUGACAAUAUCCCUGCACGUAUUCUAAAGGUAUGUGCAACAGAGCUGGCACCUUCAAUCUCACUUUUGCUAAAUAACUGCAUGCUACCUAUAGAGUGGAAAACUGCCAACAUUACACCGAUUUUUAAAAAAGGUUCGCAGAAUAGUAGAGAAAACUAUCGUCAGAUAUCUCUUACAGGGAUUAUAUGCAAAAUAGGUGAGAAAGUUGUUCGAAGUAGAGUUCUCGAUUUCUGGUAUAGAAUGAAUAUUUUGAGUGAGAAUCAGUUUGCCUAUUUGAAAGGCAAGUCAACAGUAACACAACUACUAUCAACUGUUGAUGACUGGGUGAGAUCUAGAAACUCUGGCGUGCCCACUGAUGUUAUUUUUCUUGACCUCGCAAAGGCGUUCGAUAGUGUGCCGCACGAAAGAUUGAUUUUGAAGUUAAGAAGUUAUGGUAUCGAAGGGAGUUUAUUGACAUGGUUUAGGCAUUUCAUUACAGGCAGGAAGCAACGUGUUGUAAUUAGAGGUACCUUUUCGGAAUGGUCACCAGUGUCUUCAGGCACUCCUCAAGGUACAAUACUUGGACCAAUUUUGUUUUUAAUAUACAUUAAUGAUAUAACGGACUGUAUUUUAUCUAAAGCCAAACUGUAUGCCGAUGACACUAAAAUUUAUAGAGAAAUAAAAGAUCCUGUCUUGGACACGCAUAUUUUGCAAAACGACUUAAACAGUCUCGAUGAAUGGGCACACACAUGGCAAUUAAAAUUUAACGUGGAAAAGUGCGAAACUAUGCGGUUAACCCACUCCAAUGAUAUGCUAAAAUCAAGUUAUACUUUAGGAACAUCAAUCUUGAGAGAUACAGAAAGCUUUAAAGAUCUUGGAGUCACUGUUUCGCGUGACCUAACAUGGAGUAAACAUGUUUGUAUCACAGUUAAUAAAGCAAACAAAAUUCUAGGAACUAUUAAACGAUCAGUUGGUACAGCAAACACGAAGGUUUUCUCGAUGUUAUAUAUUGCUCUUGUUAGACCCAUCCUUGAAUAUGCUGCACCUGUUUGGAACCCAUAUCUUGUUAAGGACAUUCAUGCAAUUGAAAAAGUACAAAGACGAGCAUCCAGGCUUGCUUUGCGUCAAAAGAGAGGUGAGAUGUCGUACGAAGAAAGAUGCCAGAUCCUGGGGUGGACAACACUCUCCUUACGGAGGGAUUAUUUAUCAUUACUUGAAUGUUACAAAAUUGUCUUUGGGCUAUGCAAGCUAAAUUUCUUGGACUUUUUCGAAUGGUCUAGAGUAAAGUCAACUAGAGCAAAUCACGCGUAUAAACUAUGUGUUAAGGCAAGUAGAGUGAACUGUUACAAAUACUCCUUUUUUGUAAGGACUAUCGGCUUGUGGAACGCUUUGCCAAAAUACGUUUUAGAGGCUAAUAACUUUUCAGCGUUCAAAAAAGCCCUGAAGGACUAUUUAAGGAUCUAAUUUAUUCAUAUAUUUGUAAUUGUAAUUUUAAUUAGUAAUUUUUAACAAUUAUUUUAUUUAAGGAAGUUUAAUAUAGGGAUAACCUCAAACUUUCCUUUUCCUCUGUCACUGUAAUUGCAUGCUUCAGUUUCAUUGUGAAUAAACCUUUAUUGUAUUGUAUUUAUUGUAUUGUAAUAGCAUGGUUUCGAGUGCAAUUUGGAUAUAACAUGCACAAGUGCAUGUUUAUCCAAAUUUCAGGAGAAACCAUGCUAUUACUUAUUAAUAAUUUACAUAAAAAUGUUCGAGACAAUUGUAGUUUUAACUUACGCGUUUAUAGCGAAAAUUCCACCGGCAAAGUUUUCUUAGCUUUGUUAUAUCACAUUAUACAACACUAACAGCUUGAAAAUUCCACUCAACUAUGUAAUUUUUGUUAGCUAUAGUCUUAUUUAAGGUCAAUGCUUUUCCAUUUAAAACUAAAGAUAAAAGCCAUAUUUUUCACGCGAACUUUUACUUUACUGUAGCGCGGCGCCAUGUUUGUUUUGUUUUGAAGCAAUGUGUGACCGUUACUUCUUUAAACUAAAUUGCUUUAAACUGAUUGGUUGAUUUAAUCAUCACAAUGUUUUUCCACCAAUCAGAUCAGUUUGUUACAGAUUUUUGCACUGUGAUUACAGAAAAUUGCACUGUGAUUACAAAAAAUUGCACUGUGAUUACAAAAAAUUGCACUGUGAUUACAGAAAAUUGCACUGUGAUUACAGAAAAUUGCACUGUGAUUACAGAAAAUUGCACUGCUGUUUGGGAUUAACUGCACUGAAAUCAACCAAUCACAGUCGAGUAAUAUCUUUAUGUAUAUUAUUACAUAUAUAAUCAUAUAGAAGGCAAAAUUACUCAAAUAUGAUUGGCUAAUGAGGAGAGCAUUUUUUCUUAAUUCAGGGCAAAAUUACUUGUACCUGAUUGGCUGAGACGCAAGCGCGGGAAGUACUUUUAAAUAGCAAAUAAAAAACAAUGGCUUCUCGCUUUGUCGUCGCGGAUAAUCGUGAUGUUAUUGAAGAAUUAAAAACUUCAAGUGAAAACUUGAACACUAGAAAAAGUACAAAUUUAUUGGUUGGAGUAUUUAAGAAAUAGGCAGGCAGGGCAGCAUUAAGGAACAUCGGCGAAAAGGCGAAGACAUGGAGACAUACGAGGUUCAAGAACUUGACAAGUUCACAAUUAACUUACGAAUAAAUUUUGCCCUCUAUGAUUAACAAGUGAUCGCAUAGUUCCUCGUAAAAUUAAGCCGGUUUAAUUUCACUUGCGAUUACCUAUACGAUUACCUAUACAUAAUAUAUAGCUUCCAACAAUUUAAAUAUUUUGGUAUUUGUUAUUUUUCAUCUAUUUAAGGCUGACUCCAACAUAUAUGUUUUGCAUAUUAUUUGUUACAAAGUUGCGGCCAUUCUUUGGUGCUGGUCCAAUAUGGUUUGCAGCAGCUGAUACCUCUGCAUGUUCCGAAAAGUGGUGGACCAAUCUACUGUAUCUGAAUAAUUUUUUUGAACUUGGUAACAAGGUGCCUAAGGUAAGCAAUAGGCGAUUGCAGACUUUAGUAGAAGGUGUCUCUUCUUCGCAAUUGAAUUGUGACGUACUCUUGUAAUCUAAAAUUAUGUAAUGACUAUAAUUUUGUGGUGUAAUUUUAUGUAUGAAACAAAAUAGAUUUUGCAUAUAGAUAGACAUUUCUGUGUAGAAAGUUCAAACUUUGCACGACAUUAACUUUGCAAACCACUUUCCUUGCCAUAUACUGACCGCCGUUGCGUAGAAGGUAAAAUGUAACUAGAUCCCAUAAUGAUAUUAAAUGAGCUUCAUUUCCCUAUACAGCGCAUGUAACGAUGAGAUCAGUUAUAGAUUUUCUGUUUUUGUAUCUGAAAAUCCAACCUAUAUAUAAGUGCAAGACCAAACUAAAAGCAGUUACGAAAUGCACAAUAUAUAACAGUUCUCCAAUAGGAAUAUUUUUACCAUGCUAGUGAUUUCUUAAAUUUAUUCCUCCUAUAUAGAUGUGUAUGGGACACACGUGGUACUUGGCAGCUGAUAUGCAAAUGUUUAUCAUAUCUUCCAUUUUUCUUCUCAUUGCAUACAGGUAUAGUUGGUUCCAAAGGACGUAAAAAAUAAUACCGACACGCAUGUCGAUAUAUAGUAGACGAUAUAGUUAAAAAUUGAUAUCCAUAUAAUAUUAUACCUAAUUUUGCAUGCUACUCCUGCACACAACCAGGGCCGGUUGUUCAAAGCUGGAUUAGCGCUAAUCCUGAAAUGUUAACGUCAGCUGUUUCGGUUUUGUAUUUCUACAUGUCCGCUUAUUUCAAAUUUAAGAAAAUAAAACUUCUGUUGAUCUCAACAAGAUUUCUGGAGAUACUGCAUAUUUAUAAACGAACUGUUUGGAAUAAUUUAUUGCUUUGAAGUUUUUCGUUAACCCGGAAUAAAGAUAAUCGGCUUUUGGAGAACCGGUCCCUGGUCAAGUCGGUGGCCGAACAUUUUUACCGAAAGACACUUUGCCGAAAGAUAUUUUGCCGAACGGACAUUUUGGCGAACGGAAUUUUUGCCGAAAAGACAUUUUGCCAAACGGAAAAUCUGCCGAAAAUAGAGAUAUUUUCUGAACCGUAAAGGUUCGCUUAUGCACUAUCAAUGAAAGUUUCUGUGAUUAAAGUCUUUGAUAAAAGUCAUUGUUAACUUUGAUGAUAGAAACUUUGACAGUAAACACGUUUCGUUUUAUAUUUACAGCUGAAAAUAACAUGAUUCAUGAAGGUUAAGGUAAACGUUUAUUAUGUACGGCAUAUAUUUCAUAAAAAGCAUAAUAUAUUAUCGUACAUAAAAAGCUUAUAACCGGCACGAUGUUGCAAUGCUGACAUGCACUAGCUACACUUUGGGCAGCCACGCAAGAUGAAUCAGGUGGAUGCGAAUAUGCUCUGCAUGAUGGCUGCUGCCAUAAGGUUUCCGCUAGAGUCGAGUGUCUGCCAGAGCAUCACUGCAAUUUGCAAAUUUGCGAUUUCCCCCAGAACUGCAAAUGUGUUUCAUGACCAUGAUUCUCGAAAUGAAAUUUGCUUACACCGCUGCCUUUUUAUACGCUUGUUUGUUUACGACCCGACGUCAAAACACGUUCCUAACAGAUGAGUCAUCCGCUGCACAAACUAUCGAUAUGCAUGUUAUGCACUGCUAAUGAUGUUCCAAACAAUUUGAUAAACCGAAUGUGGGCGAACGCGGAUGUUUAAUAUUUUGACGAAAUAAUAGUCUAUUUUCGGCAAAUAGUCCAUUCGGCAAAAUGUUUUUUCGGCGGAAAGUCCGUUCGUCAAAAUGUCGAUCCGUUCGGCAAAAUGUCCGUUCGACAAAAUGUCUGUCGGCAAAAUGUCCGUUCGGCAAAAUGUCUUUCGGGGAAGUGUCUUCCGACAAAGUGUCUUUUGGAAAAAUGUCCGGGUACCGGCGUCAAGUCUCUGUCAAAACUUUAAUUAAAAGUAUAUGUUUACUCGAUGACAAUAAAUAUAUCUAUAUGCAAUUCAUAUUUAGUCGACAUUUAUUGCAGGUACGGACUUCGUCCUCUAGUUUGCAGUGUUGGCGUUACUAUUCUUGCUAGUAUAAUCGUGACUGCCUGCUUAGCUGCAAACGAUGACGCUUUGCCUAUGGUUUUCCCAAUUUUCAGGUUAAAUAUGUAAGUGAUAUUUCAGUAAGGGAAGCCUUAAUUCAUAGCCAUCCGAUCGAUCAAUUUAUUCGCAUCAUGUGGUAAUAUAAAUUCAACAAUUAGCCAAUUCAAAAAUAGCAAGAAUUACACAAUGUAAAAAGCUCAAUAUCUGCUUAAACUUUCUUUCGAAACGUACGCAUGUUUCGUGUUGGACUUAAAUAGCACAUACAGUACUUUCUUACAAUGUACUAUUUUAAAAGAAACUGCACCAUAUAAUAUGGAAACAAAAUAAAUCGAUUAAGAUAUUGUACUCCAUGACAGUGCUAGACGCAGGUUUAUUUUUAAAAUCAUCCAAUUUAAUUAACUCUUAUUAGUUAUUAUAAUUUAAGGCAAACUUUUCUUGUCGAGUCAUAAUUUGUCUGAUGGCGUACGACAAACAAACGGGCGCGACUCAGCCUCGUACCCAGGGGCAAAUAACGUACUAAAAAUAGCACUGCAGUGUUUUUAUAUAGAUCAGUGGCUAAAAUGAGCGAGCGCGCGGGUCCUCCCCAAGCACCCCCGCGUGCUCGCUUAUCUUAGCCACUGAUCUAUAUAAAAAUACUGUAGUGUUGCUAUUUUUAGUACGUUAUUUGCGCAUGGGUACGAGGCUGGGCGCGACUGAAUAUGAGGCAUAUUUGUGCUCAGGUGCAGGCCAAUUAUCAUGUCACGCAAACAUUAAUACAAUUGACAUGCAUGCAAAACAAGAGUUUCGUUUAUGAUCAAUCAGUGCGCAUUUGUUUUUAAUAAAUCACGAUUUUGUAAUGCACUUCAUCCAAACUCAUCUCAUCGCUCUGUGUAAAUGAAUUGGUUUUGUUGUAUUGAUGUAUACACGAUAUCAAUGUAACAAGAGACUAUUAGAAAUUAGUGGAUUGUAAUUGUCUAUGCAAGAAAGAAAUAAAGUGAAGUACAAUCCCGGAUGAGGAAGUCAUAGGGGAAGGCCCUAACCACCCCGCUUCCGAAGGUCCUGUUACCCAUGCAUGUACCCUAUACUGGCAUAAACGUAAGGAAUCAGGUGGCUUUUGGGUGAAAUUUUAAGUUAACUUUUUUUUUCAUUUUAAAAUAGAAGAAUGUGCAUGUCUAAAGAGGAAAUUAGACGUCGAUAGAGAUAUCUCUUUCGAAACCACAAAUUUAUCGAACACAUUCCUAACUUCGACUAAUUAUAAGAGAUCUAAUCGAUAUAAGAGAUCUAAUCGAAUAGAUACUUCGACUAAUAUUCCGGAUCGCCAAUUAGGUGAAAUACACAUUUUUCUAAAAAUUUGAUGCUGGAACUUACCGCUAGUAAACAUAUUAGUAAAUUAAUAUUUAUGGUACACUAUAUUGUUGCUAUCAAAUAAAGGGAGCCAUAGCCUCCUCCGUAGGCGUCGCUAAUGAAUCGGGUUGAUCGGGAAAUGUUUAUCGAACUACCAUGCAAUUCGCAGGCUAAAACCCAUAUUCAUGUCUGAGGAUGAUGCUGAGGGAGAUACAGAUUGCCGUAACACGCAUGCAUGCAUAUAUUUCUAGUAUAUCCAGUAUUUCACGCAUGCAUGCAUAUAUUCCCAUAUGUUUGUUCUGUCAUCAGUUCUAUCGACCGAGAUGCCCCAAAAUCUUGAUGUUCACCCAUAUAUACCUAAUCCAGGUAACUGGAUUCUGUAGCUCAGUGGUGAGAGCGCAACCGGAAUUGCAGGUUCAAUUCCUGCCUGAGGGCCUAUAAAGUACAUUCUUUGCGCAAAUGGCCCCGGUUAGGUGUAAUAUAUCAUUAUAAUUUUUUUGUCCGAAAAUUCCCAUGCAUCUUCGUUCAGAUCUAUCAAGCGAGUUGCCAAAUAAUAAUAUACUAUUAUUAUUAUUACUGAGCGUCAGUGGAGAAAUGAUAAAUGGUUGUUUGUGACAAAAAGUUUGGUGUGGUGUCGUAUGUAAUAGUAUAGGGGGGUCUGGGAGCAUUCUCCUCAGAAAAUUUUUGUAUUUUUCUAAUCCCUAAGACUGAAUUUCCUGCGUUUUCUGAAUCGCAGAUACUCAAAUUGUCCUUUGGAUAGUGGCUUUGUCAAGAUAUACGCUACCAUUUCAUUAAUUGGUUGGACAGUACUUCAGCUCAAUUGUCCCAUCUUGAUAUUUCUCCCGAACGAAAUGAUAUUUGAUGUCAAUGUGCUUCGUCCACUUGUGUAGCACUGGGUUCCUUGACAUCGCGAUAAUACCUUGCUUAUCUUCAUAUAUGGUCGUCGCUGUGGUACAAUCCAUCUGUCGACCUUUCAUCAGUUGUCUCAGCCAUACUGCUUCUUGGGUUGCAAAACAUAGUGCAAUGUAUUCUGAUUCCGGCGUUGAAAGAGCCACUGUUGGUUGUUUCUUGCUUGUCCAACUGAUGGCACCACCCGACAUCGCAAAUACGUUUCCGGAGGUUGAUCGUCGAUCAUCUGAGUCAGAAGCCCAAUCUGCGUCAGAGUAUCCCUCUACAUUAACAUCGGUUUCUUGGUACCGCAGGCGUAGCUUAGCAGUUCCUUUCAAAUACCGAAAAACGCGCUUGACUGCUGUUAGAUGCCCCUCGGUCGGUGAUGAGUUGAAUUUAGCCAAUGUUGCCACUGCGUAGGCUAUGUCUGGACGAAUAGCUAUCACAGCGUAUAUCAAACGCCCUACCAUUGACUGGUACUGAACGACAUCCACUGGUUUGCUAUAUCCAUCGUCCUUAACUAGUUUUACGUUAAGAUCCAUUGGCGUUGACACCGUUUUGCAAUCUUGUAAUUUGUACUUUCGCAUAAUCUUAUUGAUGUACUGUUCUUGACUGAUUUGCAAUACACCGUCCUUUGUAGUGACACUAACUCCUAGACAGUAGUGGAGUACACUCAUAUCCUUCAUCUUGAAGUAGUUUGCCAGACUGGUCUUGAGAUCGAUCAUCUCUUUUUCAGUAUCUGUUAAAAGUAUCAGGUCAACAACAUGAACAGUGACAAUCGUCAGCUUAUCCUUGAGGACACGAAUGAAUACACAUGGAUCUGCAACAAUCUGAACAAAUCCCAGUGAUAACAUAAAUUCUUUGAAGACGUUAUUCCAACAGCGUGGGCUUUGCUUUAGGCCAUAAAGCGAUUUUUUGAGGCGACACACUAGUCCUUCUUUUCCUGGUUCUCCAUAGCCUUCGGGCUGUUGCAUAUAUAUUUCCUUGUCCAAAGUACCGUUUAGGAAUGCCGUUACUACAUCCAUUUGAUGGAUCAGUAUUUGUCGAGAAACACCAAAAGCCAGAAGAGCACGGAUUAACGAAAAACGAACCACCGGAGAGAAUGUUUCAUCAUAGUCAAUUCCGUAUUUUUGCAGGAAAACUUUAGCCACCAGAAGACCUAUAAAUCUUUCUACCUUUCCUGUCUCAUCGUGCUUGACUUUGAAAACCCACUGGCAGUUCAACUAACUCCCAAGUUUCAUUCUCUAACAAAGACUGGUACUCAGUAUCUGCGCCUGCUUUCCACUGUGUUGCAUAUUUACUGUCAAGAGCGUCCUUUAUCGUUUCUGGCGCUUCGAUUUCAGCUACAUAAAGUGCUGCAUAUUUCGCUGUAGUGAUUGUAGCAUGCUCGUCGUUACGUUGGAUUUCGCUCUCGUCCUGAGCGUCGAGGAUUCGUUGGGAGAUCUUGCUGUUCAGCCACGUUUAUCUCAUCUUUGUCCUUUAAUUCCAUUUAUUUUUCAGCGCAUUCAGUACUGCCUUCGUCGCACUUCAUUUGAACUUUUGUAGACCCGAAGUCUGUUUCAUUAAAGGUUAUAUCUCUGCGAUUGAAGAUUCUUUGUCGAUUCUCAUCAUAUAGCCUGUAUCCUUUCUGUGUAAGGCUGUAGCUGACAAAUCUCAUCUUGACUGCCUUUUGGUCAAGUUUCUGGCGUGAAGCAUCAGGAACAUGAGCGUAAGCAUGCAGUACAGCCAAAGACACGAAGAUUAGACACAUCUGGCUUCUUUCCAUACCAUUUUCCAAUUUUCCAAUUUUAUUUUCCAAUUUUAUUAUUAGAUAUCCAUCUUUGGCAUAUAGAAAUACAAUGGAUUUACAAGUUAAAAAUAUUAUACUAAAAUACAUAUAUAACCUAUGAGAGUGUAAGACUUAGAAAGUUUAAAAGGUUUUAUAUACAUAUGUACAAUGAUCUAAUUUCAUGAGUUGGUUAAUCUACACGCCCUUGGGAUAAAAGACGUACUAUGCCCGUGUGUUUUUGAGAGCUGUCUUGGAGUGCUGUCUCUGGUUCUUCUCAGUUCGUAAGUGGGAUUCUUAUUACCAGAUAGGAAACGAUUACAUGCGUUGUUUGGGACUUCCACAAUCCUUUUCAGCUCGUUGCAUGUUGCCUUGUCCCUUCUUUCUUUUAGUGUAGGGAGGGUAUCUUUCUCCAAUCCUAGGAUUCUCAAGCUUCUUUGUUGAACACGUUCAAUUUCUACUUCAAGAUAUUUAGGGAUUCCACCCCAGACUGGAGAGGCGUAUUCAAGUAUUGGCCGGAUCUUCGACGUAUAUGUUAAUAAACCAAUCUCGGGUGGUAGGAAGGAUUUCCUACACUCUCUGAGAAGGAAUAAUAGCUUAUUUGCUCUUUUUGUUAUUUUACAAACAUGAGUAUUCCACUUUAAAUCAUUUUGCACCCAUACACCGAGAAGUUUGAAGGAGUUUACUCUUUCUAUUUCAAUUCCAUCCGUUUGUAUAGGUGGGGGUUCAGGAGAGGAUUGGGAAAAACUGAUCCACAUGUCCUUAGUUUUUUGGGGAUUCACCACCAUUUUAUUAUCAUUGGCCCAAUUCAUCACUUGAUUAGUCGAUUCCUGCAUAUUUGAAAGGGCUCCGUUUGCAACGACCUCAUCAAGAGUGCAGUCGUCUGCAUACUUGUGCGUGUUUGUAAAGUUGUUUGUUAACGUGUUUUCCAAAUCAUUAAUAUGAAUAUUCAACAGUGUUGGGGAAAUAACGGAGCCUUGCGGGACUCCAGCUGGACAGGGGGUGCUUGAGGAUAUAACACCAUGUAAAUUCACAUGUUGAGUCCGCUCUGUAAGGAAACACUUCACCCACGACCAGAAGGCCUUUGAUACAUUCAUUUCCGCUAAUUUUAUUAAUAGAAUUCUAUGGUCGACAAGGUCGAAAGCUUUUUUGAAGUCCAAAAACGUAGUAUGGACCCCUUUUCUUCCAAUAGUGGAGUUAUCUGUUACAUCAAACCACUUCUGGGUCAUCGAGAUCAGGGCUGAAACAGUAGAUCGAUUUUUAACGAAAGCAUGUUGGUUGUCCUUUAUUGCCAAAUCAUGAGAGUUGAGUUCCAACUGGAUUUUCUCUAUCAUUUUAGCUAGAUGAGGAAGCACAGAAAUUUGCUUGAAAUCGUUGUUUAUAUCUUUGGGUUGAUGUAUCUUUGGUACCGGAGUUACAAUUGCAUGCUUGUACGCAGUAGGAUACUUGGAUUGGGUAAUGCUGCCUGUUAUGAUACUAUGUAUCGCUGGCGUAAGAUCAUCACAGUAGUGCUUUAAAAACCAGGCAGGGAUUUUAUCUAUCCCUGUUGCUUUCUUAACUUCAUUUAUGUCCGGGAGGUCAACAUUGAUAUCUUUCCAUGGGUUUGUAAAAGCAGUUUGUAGGUUUUCAGCAACCUUUGACAGAUCUUCAUUAGAUGGAGUUUGUAAAGAGUUACGAUUCGUUUCAGCACCCAAAAGAGUAUAGACAGUUUUAUACCAUUUUGCAGGAUCUUUUUGGCGAAGAUCUCUCCCUUCGGUAUGAUAAAAAGAUUGUUUUGCAUUCCGAAUUAACUUUGAGACCUUUUUACAUAAUUGGUCGUACUUGGGUUUAUCACCACGGCAGUAAGCCUUUUGCCUAGCUUUAAUCUGUGCCUUUAUUUUUGGGGUAAUCCAAGGUUUAUCUGAUGUAUGCAUUCGGAUUGUCACUUCUGGCAUAGCCUUGUCUAGCAAAGAGAGUAUCGUUCUAUUAAAUGCUUCUUCGACUUUAUCAUCCACAUCUGUUGCCAUUAAAACAUUAUCCCAGUUUUGGAGGGCAACAGUUCUACUCAAUGUUUGUUUGUUUUCGGGUUUAUGUAGUAGGGGGAAGUUUGUUGACAUUUUGGGGGGAUAACAGCAAACAUUGGUGGUCAGAACGACCCAAGGGAGGUAGAUGUUUGGCAGGUAAAUAGAGGUCAGCCAUGUUGGUCAAAAUCUGGUCUAGGAUGUUAUUACCUCUUGUGGGGGUCGAGACCAUUUUUUUUAGGUUAAAGCGGUUACAUAGGCGUCUUAAAUUCAAUUUGUUAAAAUCCCCAGCGAUAAUUAUUCCUGUCGAAGGACGAGAUUGAAGGACCUUGUCCAGACCAUCUGUGAGGUAGCUUAUCAUUUCAUGUUCUUUCUCAACAGACUGCCCCGGUGGAUAAUAAACGGUGACCACAAUGAUAGCACUAAAGGGUCUCGGUGAGCGGUGGGGUUUAAGGAGCAGCCAAAGUACCUCUUUUCCAGCUUCUUCAAGAUUUGGCAGACGAGAUACUGGUACCGAUUUAUCGAUGUACGCUAAAACUCCACCCCCGGGUGUUGGUCGAUCAAGACGAAAAAUAAGAUAGUUAUCGCCAAUAUUUAUAAAGCUAUUGCGAACGUCGUCUGUUAACCAUGAUUCUACUAUCAAAUUUAUUGUUGAUUUGUUAUUGGAAAUAACAGCAGAUAGUUCAGUCACCUUAUUUGUGAUGUGACAGACAUUUGACACAAGGAGGGAAGGGAGAGGGCAUUUCUUUACUUGGUGCGUGUUAAUUUCAAUACAAUUAAACUUUACGUGGCUACGGCAUUUCGACUUAACAGGAUCUCUAACAAAAUUUUUGCGAUUUCGUUGAACCACAGGGAUAUUAUAAGAUGUUGGAGUUAUCUCUAGCGUUUUGGUGACAGGGAACCCUGGGGUUGUGAUCGUGGUAAAGGGGGGUAGGUAGGAUGUUGUGGCCAUACAGGGGUUGCGAUUUCCAUUAAAGGAUUCAGUAUACGGUGCACCAAAUCCAGGUGCUGUAUCCAGUCUGCCCGUCGGCGUGCAUAACUCGGCCGAAAACCCUGUUGACGAUUUGCUCUAACCUUAGAUGGAAUACGAUAGGUAAUGCGUGUGGGGAUAGCUUGGUUAAUGUCUUGUUUAUGCAGAUCCUUACAUUGCACUCGAGGUGGAUUAUUAUUGUUGUUGUGGCAGCCUUCUUCAGUCGGGCCGCCCUUGUUUAAUAAGUUAAAACAGAAGUUCUGUCUUCUUUUAAAUUCAUUUGAAUAAGUUGAAUUAGUAACUGUUCUUGGGAUUAAAUUCGAAACAAAGGUAUUAGUCGCAGAUGACUGAUUAAUCUGUUUUUCACUGUGGUUUACAAUUGCAUGCUUCGACGGUUUUAAUAUUUGUACUGCACACGUACUAUUCACGCUUGUAUAUGUUGACAUGGGUACUAAACCCGUUGGGGAAAGAUGUAAUUCAUCAACAGUAAUCAGGGUGCGAUAAUUCGCGUACCAACGUACCGGAGGUACGCCAAAUUUAUGGUCUGGUACUUCUUUGUUUUUAGGCAAGUACCACGUAGGUACGCGAAAAUUUGCUAUUCGCGUACUUACAUUUUCCUUCUAGCAAUAACUAGCAAACCUGCCAAAGUAUUCAAAACCGUGAAGAACGUACUUUAGCUGUCUGUACAUGUAAAUUCCACGAAUCCGACAUAUUUUGGGAUGAAAAAAGCAGAAAGGUUAUCUAUGCGCUUGAUAAAAAAAUUUAUCGUCAUCAUCCAACUGAAAAAAAAUCGCUCGGGUGAACGAUUUUGAAAUCGUUAUCGUCAAACGCCGAUAAUUUUAUCGUUUUCGUUGCAGUACAAGUUAUCGUAUCAUUAUCGUUGUGUGGUGUGACCUGGGCUUAACUGUCAAUGCUAUACCAAGGCCUAAAAAUAAAUACCUGUGGUUUCGGUUUCCCGACCGACCCUAUUUUUUCUGCCCACCUUAUUACUUUUUUCAACACGAUUCACCGUGCGACACUAUUUUCUCCGGGUGGUUGCGGGCUGCUCGUACAGCGUGCCAAAAUGGCGUCUGAUGUCACAUGAUAAUUAUUGAACCAAAUUGCCUAAAUUCGUCCGUAGGAACUACGCAUCUCUAGUUAAUAUUGAUGUCGGGACUCUACCGAAAAUCGCCCAGCAAAAAAAAACCCGCCAAAACCAUGAAAAAAAUAUUCAAAAAAUUUUUAUUUCCGAACUAGCUACCCUAAUUUUUUCGCGAUAUGAAACCGGAACCACAGGUUUUUUUUGGCUCAAUGAGGAAAACUACACUAUAUGUAGCUGAGGUCAGACUGUUAGCACCCUCGGUAAAUCCACUGUAAAUGAGCGAUGGCAUCCGUGUCACAACGUCGACGCUUUGAAAACUAUAUAUUAUAUAACUAUAUAUUAUAUUAUUAUUGAAAACUGUUAUAUUAUUUUGGACCAGUAAACUAUACGUAGACAUAAAAACGCAUGACUCGAUCGGAAGUAGUCUUAGGUACGUCUUGACUCUUAAGUUUGUACCAGACCAGGUACGCGGCAAAAAUUGUCGGAGUACCAGUCAGGUACGGCUAAAAAUAUUGAAUUAUCGCACCCUGGUAAUCUGAUUCUGAUUGUUUACGAUUAAAUCUUUUGUACUGGUCGAUUUAUCAUAACAAAGAGUUUUUGGCCGUGGGAGAUCUUUUUCCAGCAAAUUAGAAUAUUCAAAUAAUGGGGCAGAUUGAGACACAUGUUGGUUAUGUGGAAAAUAUAGUUCUUUCAUAUUAUCAAGUUUAUUACUAACUUCUUCGAAGUUGCCACUUACUUUAUUAAGGCGGUCUUCGAGAUUUCUAAUAGUAUGUCUGUUGGUUUCAAUCUCUCUUUCACAAAUCACGGUAUCGAGUUUUAUGCCUUCCAUAUCAGCAGACAGCCCAGAUAAUGUCAGGGAGGAAUUUCCGCUUCCCUCGUCUGUAGCAACGGAUUCCUUUGCCAGGAUAUGAGAAUCUACAUUGCAUAACACUGAACAUAACUUAGAUUUAAUCAGGUUCUUCUCUUUACCCUCUAUUUGCAAAACUUUCUUGUUUUUCCGCCACGAUAUUGAAGUGUGGCCGUCACUGUAUGUUUUCUUGUCUCCACCUGGUGAAUUCCAUACAGCAUUUAGCUCAAUAUUUUCGUUUAUAAACUGCUUCAGUUGUUUAAAAUCUCCCAUCCAGCACAGCUGAAGGUCUCCCAUUUGUUUGAUAAUAAUUACAACAGGAUAACGUGGGAUUAUAUUACAAAAUAUUUGAAUUGAGGAGCAACCAAAUACACGUCCGCUCUCGGGUUAGGGGUUACCGCGGUCGCAGCCGUGAUGACUCGGUUUCUUACAUAGGCCGCAUUGCAAACUGCUUCUGCCCAGAAAGCUUUGGACAGUCCAGCAUGCAGAAUCAUAGAGAAAGCUGCUUCUUGAAGUGUUCGGUUCAUGCGUUCAGCUACCCCAUUCUGCUGGGGUGAAUGUGGCACUGUAGUCUCAUGGCGAAUUCCUUUCUCCUUUAGAAAAUCUUGGAACUCGGUGGAUGUAUAUUCACCACCAUUGUCUGUCCGUAGUGUCUUAAUCUUGCAUUCUGCCUGGUUUGUCACGGCUGCCUCCCACUCCUAGAAUUUUUCCAACACUUCAGACUUAUACUUCAUUGGGUAAACAGUGACACAUCUGGAGUAGUCAUCGAUGAAGGUGACAAAGUACUUUGCACCUACAAAGCUUUCGGCCUUCAUCGAUCCGGCAACAUCACUAUGGACCAACUCUAACCUUCUCGUUGACUUAAUUUCUUCCACUGGCUUAAAUGGCGCUCGGUGAGCCUUUCCUUCCGCACAGGCCUCGCAAAAACUUAACUUGCCUGUUCCAAGUAUGUCCGUACCUGUGAUAAGUUCCUUUGAAGCCAUGAUUUUCAUUUGACCGGAAUUUAAAUGCGCCAUUCUUUGGUGCCAUAGAUCCAGUUUGGUACCAGUUUCAUUAGCAAUUGCCUUUUUUCAGUCAUUUUGUAUUACAAAUGGGAAAUUGAUAAUCAGUUUGAUCAUGUGAUUAUCAAUUUCCCGUUUGUAAUGCAAAAUGACUGAAAAACGUCAAACUUCGCAAGGCUAUAUUAUCCGCAUUUUACAACUUUUCGCAACGAAACUUCGGAAUAUUACUAAUUUUGUGAUGCUCUUUCAAGCUGUGAUGAAAUUUUUGUCCAGGCUUGUCUAGAUCAAAAUUUCACUCAUAAGGGGAAAGGUUGAGUGCUAUUUACAUGAAGCCACAUAAAAAAACUAUUUAAAAAGCUUUCUGUUCUACAAAUAAGAAUUUCAAAUUGCCUUUCAUUUCUUAAGUUAUAAAUCGAAGAAAUUGUGGCUGAUAAGAGUAAUCGAAGCACAUGGUAGUCGUCAGUGACUAUUGUUUGAAAUAGUCUUGUGCAUAUGCCCUCGUGGUGGUCCGACUAAGUUGCUACGCCGCAAAUAUUUAGUGCUUCUUCAUAUUUCAAGCUCGGGUAAAUUAUCUUGAUUGAUCUUUAAUCUCUGCAACUUUUCCAAUUUGUUACCUAGAUAUUUUGCUACGGAAUGGUGAAACACCGCGCGCAGCCCCAUAAUCGAUAACGGAGUUAAGGCAUGUAACAUAGAAUACAAGACAAGAUCCUUUAGUUGAAUAUUAGCACAUUUUAGUUGAACUAAAUAGUAUAUUCUUUUCGACAUUUUCGAAUUCGUAAUAAUUUCUUCAAUAUAUGUGGAUUCCAUGUUAAUUUAUUGUUGAGUGCAGUCAAACUGUUGUUGACUCUACAACCUCCACACCUUUAUCUUCAAUUAUUACUGGGCUGAAUUUACGAGCACUUUUUCCAAAAGAAAUGCGAAGUUCUUUGCAUUUAUCAAUGUUCAGUUUCGACCGUUGUACGAUAUCAUCAGUAAAUAAUUCUGCUUUACUUAACUGAUUCGUGUCGAUUACCUCGGAUGUCGUAGUAUCGUCUACCUAUUUUCACAAAUUGGUCCUGUUUACAGACAAAUAUCAUUCAUCAUAAUUAAAAGCCAGGGCCCCAAUUUUAUUCCCUGGGGAACCUCAGAGGGGACAUAUCCUCAUUCUAAGAAACAACCAUGUACGAGUUUUACCCUUUGGAAUCUAUCACAUAGAAAGUCUAUAAUUCAAUCUAUUAUGCUCCUUGGUAUAUAGGUCUAGGAUUUUCUGACAAGAAUUUUAUUGUCAAUAAAGUCAAACGCCUUAAUUGUUAUGACCACUGUGGUCGACAAUGCACCCCAUCUUAUUAAUUACUCUCUAACAGCGGAUGAUCUUAUUCAUCAAGGGCAAUUUUGGACCUUAAUUAAUGAGUAAUAUGCAUACAAAAUACUAAACUGUUUCAUUGCAUAUUUUAUGACUGCACCUUUGACUUUGCAACAAAAUAGGUUUGAGUGGGGAAAAUUUUUUUCUAACAUUUCACUUGGGGAUAGCAAGGAAUUUUGUUUCAGAAAAGGUGGGGUAAUCACUUUUUCGGCUCCAUUAUACUUUCUUUUAGGGCCCCACCCUGGGCAUAAAUAAUGACCGAUCCCUUAAAUCCUAUUUUCCUACCAAACUUUUCCGGUUUAUACCAGUCUAGAAUUCACGCAUUCUGAUUGGCUAAGAGCAGAAUUAUAAACAAAUGUAGUCAGUGAUUGAUCGAGAACGAAUUAGUUCCUUCUUAAUUGUUACGAUGAUUUACAUCUUCACCAAAUAAAUAAGCGUAGUGUUUUCCAUAAAACAAAACAAUUGAAUUGUGUUAAUUAACAGUACAAAUUUUUAACAGGUUUUUGCAAAAUCGACAAAAAGACAUCUUUAGAAUUGAUGAAUACUUUACACCAUUUAAAGAUAUUUACAUCAAACCAUACUGCAGAAUUUCACCAUAUGUGAUGGGAAUGGUGCUCGGUUAUAUUCUUUAUAAACAGUUCUCAAAGGAAUUCAAAUUGCCAUGGGUGAGAAUGAUAGUUCUUUCAAACUUUAGCUUUUCCGAUGAACAAAGUUUGUUUAUAUUAUGCAAUGUGUAUAAAAAAACCCAACACAGUUCGAAAAUGUUCGGUAAAUUGCAAAUUCCGCACAAUUUAUAUAUAAAUGCGUUAUGCAAGUAUGGCUAAAGUAUGGGUUCUGCUAGUAUCUUUGCCACUAAAAUUAUUCUGAAAAGUUAACUUUCGAAUGCAAGAUGGACGUUUUUCAAAACCAUUUUUAAAAUGGCUUGCGCGCAAAAAUGGAAGGCUUAUAUAAAACCUAAUUUGAAUUCAUAGGGUACAAAUUUAGAAGGUGUUUUAUGAAUUAUCAAAGUAUCAGACUGUUUGGUGUACAUUAUCUAAGUCCAACGCGCGACCUCUAAAAUUUGGACUUUUUUGCCAUAAUAGUAACCAUUCACGCAUAGUUUUUUAAAUUUUUGUAACGAGUAUGUGAAAAAUCAAUCGUGCAUAAAUUAAUCAUGCAUAAAAUCAGUCAUAUGUUUAAUAAAUUGUGCGUGAACGGCUAAGAUGGCAAAAAGUCCAAGUUUUUAUGGGUCGCGCGUUGGACUUAAACAGUUAAACUGUUGUAAUGUACAUUAAACUGUCUGGUACUAGCUUUGUUAGCUCGUAAAUCACUUUCCAAGUCAUUUUAGAAUGGUUUUUAAAAGCAACCCCGCUGCAUUCGAAAAUUUACUUUUCAACAUAAUUUUAUAUGUUGCAGAUACUAGCAAACCCCAAACUACCCAUGCUUAGUGAAGUUUUCACAUAUUUUAUGGAGUUUGCAGUUUAGCAGACAUUUUCGAACUUUUGCAGGUUUUGUUAUACACCCUGUAAUGCCUGUAUAGUCAAAUUAUAACAAUAACUUAGCAUCUGAUGAUAGUAUAGGGCAGACGUACGGAAGACCUUUCACCAAUUUAUGUUUAUAGCUGCUUCAAAUUCCGUCAUUAUAUAAAAAUAUACAGAAUAUACAGAAUUUUCCGUUGUCUGUUCAGUUGUACAAACACAAUUUCGAGUGCAAUUUGAAUAUAACAUGCACGAGUGAGUUUUCAAAGACCUCAAAAUAGCACGAGUACGAAGGACGAGUGCUAUUUGAGGUUUUUGAAAAAUUCACGAGUGCAUGUUUCAUCUAAAUUUCACGACAGACCAUGCUAUUACUUAUCAAUAAUUUACAUAAAAAUGUUCGAGACAAUUGCAGUUUUAAAUUACGUUUAUAUAUAAUGGUAAUUUUUACGAGUACAAAUUAUUGUUAAUGGACGAUACUCAAUGCGCUAGACCUAAAAAUUAUAGAUUUAAAAUGUCUAUGUUAAGCCAACUCGAAAGCUACUAUUGUCUAAACAAAGGAAGACUCUAUCACCGACUUUCAUUAUUUGCUUGCCAAACCCGUAGGCUACUGCACCCAGUAUCGUUUAUUAAUUAUUGUCCAAACCACUAUGUUUGACCUAUUCAUAACUAUAACAAUGAAACUAUAGUUAAACAUGGGCAGAUAUCCGAGUUAGCUUUAUCUGCCUAUAUCAUUCUUACUUGGAUUGCGAGCUGUAAAGACUGAUUUAAAAAAAGUCACCCACCAACCACCCCAUGCUCCAGCCUUUUCCCUGAUGUAACGAGAUGGUACAAGAUGGUACUUGGAAGUAAUUACGGUAUGUUAUGGGCCCGCCUAGGGAGUGAUAUUGAAUUCUCGGGAACAUUGAACUAUAUUUAGAUCUAUAUAUAAAUAUUAUCUUCGUUGGAUAUUAAACGCUUAUCGACAUUCACUAGACUGUUAUAUCAAUGUUAUUAUGUAUUUAAUAAAAUAAUAAAUAAAGGAUGAAGUGUUUGAGGCAAUUGCUCUAGUAUGAGGUCGCAUUUUUACCAUAGACCUCACGUUUUCUUUACGGAAUUUGGCAACCUGGCAUACAGCCAAUUCCCAUUUACAAAAAUCAUUCUAUUUCUGCAUAUGAGUAUAUGUGCUGAGCCAGAUCAGUGUUCUAAGAAAUAUUUCCCUGAUCAUUUUUUCCCAGGGCCCAGCUCAGACUAUAUGUGUCUUGCAGGGCAGGCUAGGAUCCAGCUCUAAAUGGAGUAUAUGUUCUAGCCGACUCAGGACCCAGCUCUAAAUCCGUAAAAGUAUAUGUCUUGGGCAGAUUAGGACCCAGCUGCAAAUCAGUAUAUGUCCUAAUCGACUUUCCCCAAGAUCCAACUUUUCAAUACGAGUAUAUGCCCUGGGAACCGCUCAGCACCCAGCUCUUCGCAGAUAAAAAAUACAAUAUAUAGAGCAGUUGUCCCACACUUCCAUAACCCCACAAACCUUGUGUUCUUAUGCGUGUCGUUAUAUUAAAUAUCUCAAUAUAUAUAUAUUUAUUAAACGGUGAGCACAUUAAUAGCGAACAGUCCACUGGCAAAGUUUUCCUGAUUUUGUUAUAUACAUUAUACAACGCUAACAGCUUGAAAAUUCACUCAACUAUGUAUGUAUUGUUAGUCUUGUUUUUGGGUAAAAGCUUUUCCAUUUAAAAAAAAAGAUAAAAGCCAAUAUUUUCCAACCGCAAAGACCAAGUCGACUUUUACUUUAUGGAGCGCGGCGCCAUGUUUGUUUUGUUUUGAAGCAAUCUGUGACUGUUACUUCUUUAAACUAAACUGCUUUAAUUAAACUGCUUAAGACCAAUCAGAUCAGUUUGUUACAGAUUUUUGCACUGUGAUUACAGAAAAGUGCACUGUGAUUACAAAAAAUUGCACUGUGAUUACAGAAAAUUGCACUGUGAUCACAGAAAAUUGCACUGCUGUUUGGGAUUAACUGCACUGAAAUCAAUCAAUCACAGUCGAGUAAUAUUUUUAUGUAUAUUAUUAUAUAGUAAAUAGUAAUUGUGUCUACGAGACUGCAUGUUUAUAUUUCAGGUGAAUUUAUAUUAUUUUAAACAGUCCGUGUCUAACUAAUAAAAUCAACCGGCAAAAAGUAUCUACACCCGACAGGCAAGCCGUGAUAACAUGAUAAGAAUUACAUAUCACCCGCACGAUCAAAAGGCUUGACAUAUAUGUACUGUACGGGGUAAGUAUUUUUCGAGUUAAGCCCCUCGAGUUAAGCCCUCCGAGUUAAGCCCUUUUCGAGUUAAGCCCCUGCCAUGCCAUUUGUCGCCGGUGGCUUAACUCGAAGUCAAUUAACGAUUUAAGCAUUCUAGUUAAGCCCCGACAUUUGGUGGAUGUAAACAAGUGACGCGUGUAUGUAUACUCGCAAAAAUAUUGGCAAAUAUAUGUAAAGAGGGAGAAUGUACAAUUUCAGCAAUUUUAAGAAAUAUAUUUUACUUAGAUCUCUGUUGCUUUGCCUACAACAGGUGGGAAAUUUGUCUGAGCAUGCGCGAGCAAAAUGAGCCACGCAAUUACGUGGAAUACACGCAACGCGUGUUUACAAAAAGGCACAAUCGUGUAAAUAUUGCCAAAUGUUUGUACAAAAUAAAUUACUGUUUUAUGUUGAAAAUGGACAUGAUCUAAAUUAAUAAUACAGAAUUUUUUAGUGACGUUCUAUUUCAGUACCCUGCCAUUGUUUCUGGUGGGCUGUCCGUUUGCAUUCGAUCUGAAACAGUUGCUACUUUGCUGUCGACAAAUUUCGAAUGUUUACAUGAAAAUAGAGGCAAGUCAUGCAUUUUACAACCUCGUAAACUGUAUGAGCUCCUAUUUUUACGCUUAAACCUAAGAUAUCAAAUAAAAAUACAUGAAACAGAGAAUAUUUUUAGAAAGUUUUAUCGUGAGGCCACGGCCAGUUUUUAAAAUAUCUUUAUUUCUGUUCCGGUCAUCACCAAAAUUACACUAAAGCCGGGCUUGAAUAUACAACAAAUUUUGAAUCUCAUCAUGUACAAAAAUAUUUAACCUGUAACCAAAAUAUGCUCAUGAAAUCGAAAUUAAUAGCUAAAUUUUCAAACUAGACCCUUCUUGAAGCAGUUUUCAUGAAGGAAGUUCACAUUUCGGUCUUUGAUUCUUGGCAAAAAUUUGACCACAAUGACAACACGUGCGAAGCAACUGGGUCUCAAAGACUCAACUAAAACAUUGUGAGCCCCUAUUUUCCUGACGAUUUGUUUGAUACCUACAAACGCCGAAAAGUUUUUUCUUUUCAUUUAGUUAUAUUUGAAAUUGAGGCCACGGGCCAUUUUUGAGAAAAUACAGUUCAAAGUCAAGCUAUUUUUACAUAUUUUCAAAAUUUGUCAAAUUUCGCGAGCUUGUAUUUUGAACUUAGACAGCUGAAGUUACAUUAAGAAACAUAUGAUGGAAAAUUUGAAGCAUAUAAAGUUAAUUUCAACUUACAUUUCAUUCUCAUAUCACGUCUUUCUUCGUUCAUUACGGUUUUAAACAAGCUACAGAUCGACGUAUACGGUAUUUACUGCCAUGUUCACGUCGCCAUAUUAACUUCUUCCAAUCAUUCUAUUACAAAACAAAUCAUCCCAAAACAAAGAAUUCAUAGUCGACUUUCAAAAUAAUAACCGUUAAUUUGUAAAUCGUUGAAUGGAAAGGGGAAAAUCGUCAGCUAAAACAGCUUCUUGCUAACUUUUUGCUUUGUUUUGAAUGUAAAUGCAAUGAGCUUUGUUUCUGCCCGCGAUUUUUUGGUCAGCGACGACAAAUUUCCUACCUGUUUUUGCCUACAGUUUUAUACAGACAAUGACAUCGUGAAACGAGAGAGUUCAAUAAGGAUUUGUAAACAACAGCUCAUUCAUAGCCUGCAUAGCAUACUCAUUCAGGGCGGCAAUUACGGCUUUAUUAAAAACUUAAUAAUAUAUAGCGGCACUUGCAGAACGCAAAUCUUAGGCAUGUUCAUAUGGAGGUGAGCUACCUUUCUAACCGAUUUGCUCGGCAACGACUAGAUCUAAGACUAGAAUAUUAUGUAUACUGUUUUAUAGUUUUCCGGUGACUAUUUACAUGACACAAGCGAGUAACUCAUCCUGCCAAGAACCCGUCAAAGAGAGAACAAACAGGAAGAAAUUCAAACUAUUACAAGUGGAUAACAGAUACAAAUAUUUCCACUAAUUACCAUUAACGGCAAAUAAUAACCGAAUCACAACAACGGUAAACGAAACUAAAAUAUCACGAUUAUGUACUAUUUGGAUAUUCUCAGAAAUCAGAAUGAUCAAGAAUGAAGUUCUAGCUAGUAAAACCAUUUUCUAACAAAACAAUUCAGUAUGAUGUCACGCUGUAGUAUUCAUGUCCCCUACUUCGGAGAAAAGAUAUAUCUUAGAAAGGUAGCUCACAUGCCUGAGAUUUGCGUUCUGCAAGUGCCGCUAUAAAUUAUUUAGUUUUUAAAGCCGUAAUUGCCGCCCUGAAUGAGCUGUUGUUUACAUUGUCUGUAUAAAACUGUAAGCAAAGCAACAGAGAUCUAAGUAAAAUAUAUUUCUUAACAUUGCUGAAAUUUUACAUUCUCCCUCCUUACAUAUAUUUGCCAAUAUUUUUGCGAGUAUACAUACACGCGUCACUUGUUUACAUCCACCAAAUGUCGGGGCUUAACUCGAAUGCUUAAAUCGUUCAUUGACUUCGAGUUAAGCCCCCGGCGAAAAAGGGCGUGGCAGGGGCUUAACUCGAAAAGGGCUUAACUCGGAGGGUUUAACUAGAAAAAUACCUACCCCAUGUGUACAGACGUUAAUAUAGUUGUAUGAUCGUCUAUCUUUUGCCUAGAAAUUUGUCGCAAUAAUGUGGAUUUCCGCAAUAGCUUUGGCGCUUACUGUUGUGUAUGCUCCAUACAGCGCCAUAAAAGAAGACCCUCACGUAUGGACAACAGGAGAAAGAGCUGUUUUUUGGUCACUAAAAUGGUCCAUCUGGGGUUUGUGCAUUGUUUGGCUAAUAUUUGCCUGUCAUUAUAACUAUGCAGGUGGGUGUGGUUGAAAGUGGCUUAUUACUUAAAAAACGAUAUAUUUGUAGUAUAGUAGGUAGUUUGGGGGUGCCGCAUGAUAGGUAGGCUAUGCGAUGACGUGACAUACGAACAAAAUGCAAGUUUAAUUAGGCAAAUGAAUAUGAGGCGUGCGCAAAAUUUCAGUUUAUUAGCUAUAAAUUGAUCUUUUUCCUGUAAACUGUAAUUGCCUUGUAAAUAACUAUUAAUAUUUCGAAAACGUUUAGAUAUCAAAUGAUCCCGACUACUCUCCUUUGAAAUAAUUUGAAGAAGAAAAGAGUUUUUUAAUAAAACGUUUAGUUUUACACAAGUAAUUAUCAGUAUAUCGAAUAAUUAUUAUAAUGUUAUUCAGUCAUAGGCUGAUGACACUAAUUCAGAAAACAAUCUUACUAAUUUGUAAUUCUUGUUUUGUUGAAAGAAUUGGUCACAUGGGCUUUCACGUCUGUUUUGUAAUGUAGGCCUAUAGUAAUGCCCGUAAUAUUUAGUGGUUAGUACUUCUCUAUAACUUGAUAAGAGUAGGAUAAUUCUUAAGCCACGCUUUUGCAUGGAUUCUUUCGCAUAAAACGUUUCGGAUAUUAAAAUACCAUGCAUAUAUAUACCUCACAAGCAUAUUAAAGUAUGAACCUUAUUGCAGUAAAAUACACAGUAAUCAACAUUUUUCGACAACACUAGAACGUUUUAAUAAUCUUAGCGUAUUAAGAAGUCUUUUGUUUGCCUUGUUGACGAUUUAAUCCACUUGUAGGUUCCAAUUCAUAUUAUUUUGAACUGUAAGGCCUAAAAUCCUAGCGGAUUAGACGAUCGCGGUUUAGGAAUACCAUCCACAGUCACAGCCAAAAAUACCUUUUUAUCUUAAACAAAAUAAACUAUCAAUUCUUUACAUUUAGAGGUAUUUAUAGCUUCAUAUUAUUAUUAGCAGUCCAUACAGAGACAUAUAAUUCAUCAAAUCGUGAAGAUGAUUGCACGAUUUGGUUCGAUACUUUCAACACCGGUACUAUAUCGUCGACAUAUUUCCAACGAUCUUUCCAAUCUUCAAACAGGUUGUUUACAGCAAGAAAUUAAAGGAUCGGUCCCAUCAAUACAUUGCCUUGCGGGACUCCGAUCCUCCAUUUAUUUUUUGGCAAUCUGACACACAGGAACCGGCCCUGACUCAUUGUUCUCUUUCUGUAAGGAAGUCUCUAAUCCAAUUUAUCAUAAUUGGUGGAAUAUCCAUGAAUGAAAGUUUACAUAGUAAUUAAAGUUGUAUGAUCAACAUGAACAUCAACAAGGCCUUUGCAAAGUCUAGUAGAAAAUCCUUACGACGUUUUUGAACCAUCAGUUUCUCUAAGAAUGUAGUGAACAAAACUCAGCAAUGCAUGCCUCCUUAACGAGCCAAAUUGUCGUUUGCCAAUCUUAUCUAUAAUCGGUCUAAUAAGCAAAUUCGCUACGAAUCGUCCGUAAAUGUUUGUCAAGGUGGAGUUCAGCGAAAUUGGACGUAUGUCCAUAUAUCAGUUAGAACUUUUGUUUUUCGAAUUGCGAUUACAUCGGUAAACGUGAAUGUAUGCUUACUCCGUGCAUAUAGUUUCUAGCCUUACAGGCAGGUGGUUUAUAUGCAUUCAUCUACUUUACAAAUUUUUAAUAGGUAUAAUAUCUGUUCUAGGUUUAGUAAAGAACAUUCUUGUGGCAAAAUUCUGGAUUCCUUUAAGUCACAUAAAUUAUGCUGCAUUUAUCAUACACUUCGAUGUCAUACAGGUUCUGGUUUACAACAUUGAGAGUCCUAUUCAUUUCACAUCGUUUACAAUGGUAAGAGCUCAAGCCUCAAUGCAUGAAAAUGAAAAUUGGCUUUUCAUAAAUCAAACGAUGGUUAUCAGUGCAAUAAUGAUCCGUUUUUCCAGUAAUAUUUCACAUACAAUUCCGAUCGACAUUUCAUCAUUCUAACCAAGUCGAGAUGACCAUGGCAUCCUCUAUAUAUUUAUUGAACUUGAAGAUUUAGUAAUCUAUAGGCAUGGUUAACGUUGACUUCGUUAUUGAAGUCAACGUUGCUUCACAUCAUAAAUCCAGAUAUCAGGGUUUUUUUCAGGGAUUUUUUAGAGCCGUUAAACGGCCCAAAAAACUCAAUCUUGAAUUGAGUUUUGAAACUCAAUCUUCUCACCAAAGUCUCAGUGCAGUAAAUAUGAAGUUGUUUCAGUUAAAUUCGUGAUGUGUGGAAAUUAGUUUUCAGUUGGAAACCCGACAAAAUGGCUGGAAUUCAUCUCACAACACAAGAAAAACUAUGCAUUCGCCAUCUUUAACCAGUUUAUAGGGUCUUAUAGUGUCCUUCAGUGCCCCUGCUUUAACACAUUAAGUACAAGUGUCAGCCCCCUGGUAGGGGGGGGGGGAGGGGGGGGGGGUUGUGCAGCCACCCCAGCUGUUCAGCUAAACUCAAUCUUCUCUGCAAAAACGGACCCAAGAGAAAAUCCUGGGAAAAAACCCCGGAUAUAUAUCAAAGGACAUUGGCAAUAUACCUAUAGGAAGUAAUUUGGAAGUUUUUAAUCUCUAAUUGAUAUGUAAAGUCUAAGUAUAUCAUUCUGUAGUUCAAAGUUCUCCUCGAGGACCCUUUUCUGGAUUAAACCCAGAUUUACUUACAACCUGAAACCCAGAUUUACUUAAAACCUGAAACCCAGAUUUACUUAAAACCUGAAACCCAGAUUUACUUAAAACCUGUCGGCAAUGCCUUUAUUAAGUUACUUAAUUGAAUAAUAUGAUUAAAUCCAUAGUCGACAGUUACAAUACGAUAAAUUGUGGUGAUUUUUUUAACUUCAGGUGACCUAUUUCUUAUCGGCGCUAGUGCUGACAUAUGCAAUUGCAUUUAUUAUCGCAGUCAUGGUGGAACUGCCGUGUGCAAACCUGGAAGCACUUGCCUGGAAAAAGUGGGAAAAGAAAUAAAUCAUCCUGCUCUUGAUCGCGAUUGAUAUGAAGAAAAAUAAUCAUAUUCGAAUAAUGUUGAUUAUAAAUAAUACAAAAUGAGGAAAUGACAAAGAAAAAUUAGCGUGUUGUAGGGCCUAUCUUUAUAUGUGAUAGAGAUUUCCCCUGAUUUAUAUAUACAUAAACUUUAACUUCGACUGAGACAUGCACAACGUAUUUUUUGAAAAUUACUUCGCCAAUGUCAAUGAACUUACUAGAUCGAUCGUUUUUGAAGCAAUUUAAAACAUUCGCAGUGCGUGUUUUAUCAGACCAAAAGAUACUCGGCUUCGCUUCGUAUCUUUAUAUCUGAUAAAACACUGCUGCGCAUGUUUUAAAUAGUACAUGGACUUUUAAGCAAUUUUAUUGUAAGACUUUUACUGUGCAUUACAACACAAAAAGAAGAAAGUCUAACAUCUCAACAGUGAUUUAAUGAAAUUAAAUGAAAUUUGGUGCAGUUCCAUUGCUUCGUUUUCGAGAUACUGUAUCUUCGUUAAGGCUGUAUAUAGUUUCCACUCAGGAAAAUUAUCCGUGGAUUGGAACGGACAAGAAACCCAGAGCUCACAAGACAACCAGAGCUCACAAGACAAAGAAAAACUUUCUUGUCCGUUCCAAUCCACGGAUAAUUUUCCUGAGUGGAAACUAGCCUUAAGUUUGAUAUACGUGUUAUGGUUUCUAUACAUCACAAAACGUAUAAUGAGUUAUCA